GGACCACCAGGGAGCGGAGCGGAGCCAGGCGGCCGCCUCAGAAAAAGAAGAACUGGAAAACACCAAGGUCAACGCUCCACUGGCUUCUGCCUCCGAUCCAGCACCCCCUUCCUUACCCAACAGAUGGUAUCUCCAGCAAGUAAGGAUGCCACAGAAGAUAUGCAGAAAGUGGCCAGUGCCUCAGAGGCUCAGGCUCUGGUGGAACAGGAGUUGCUGCCAGCAGGCCAGGCCCAGGUUCUCAGUGAGAUGUCCAAGUACCAAGUUCCACAAAGAUCUGGAGACAUGGUUAUGAUCCAGUCUGAGCAUACUGGAGCUAUCGAUGUUCUUUCAGCUGAUUUGGAAUCUGCAGAUCUUUUGGGGGACCACAGGAAAGUUUCUCCACCUCUGAUGGCGCCUCCGUGCAUCUGGACCUUUGCCAAAGUGAAGGAAUUCAAAAGCAAGCUAGGCAAAGAGAAGAACAGCCGUCUGGUGGUGAAGCGGGGAGAAGUAGUGACCAUACGGGUACCGACGCAUCCAGAGGGAAAGCGCGUCUGCUGGGAAUUUGCAACUGAUGACUAUGACAUUGGUUUUGGGGUUUAUUUUGACUGGACCCCUGUAACCAGCACUGAUAUAACGGUGCAGGUCAGUGACUCCAGUGAGGAUGAGGAUGAAGAAGAGGAAGAGGAAGAGGAGAUCGAAGAACCUGUUCCUGUGGGAGAUGUGGAGAGAGGCUCCAGGAGUUCCCUGCGGGGUCGCUAUGGGGAGGUCAUGCCUGUGUACCGGCGGGAUAGCCACCGAGAUGUGCAGGCUGGCAGCCAUGACUACCCUGGGGAAGGCAUCUACCUGCUCAAGUUUGACAACUCGUACUCCCUGCUGCGCAACAAGACUCUCUACUUUCACAUCUACUACACUAGCUGAAGGAUGCUGGGAUGGGGCAGGCUGUAAGUACUGGCUGAAGCAGGCUGCCAGCUGGUGCCUCUUGUGGAUAAGCAAGAGCCUAAAGUUCUGUGUGAGGUUCCUGAACCUCGUGCCCUGCCUGGCAUGCCUGACUGUUGACCCCAUGUAGCUUUUCCCUUCUUGGCUUCUGCAGGUGGUGGUGUAGUGCUCCUGUUCUGUGGUUCCCGACUCAUGCUCUCGUUGCUUCAGAUUCCAGCAAAAACCCUCUCUGAAGGCACCUAUGAAGCAAAAGUCUCAAAGGAGGUAGAGGCUGUCUUUUAAAAAUCGAUUUGCCCUGGUAAGGUUUAUCAUUCAGGUUGCUGCUUGCUCUUCUCUAGAGCCUCUAAUGCCAAUGUACUUUAGUAGCGCCUGCCCUCUUUACUUUCUGAGGUGCCAGAAGAGGGAAAAGCACAUUGUCCAUGGAAGAGCUCAAUAUUUUGGAUGGAGAAUGCUCUGUCCAGCCUCUCACCACUGCCAUAUUCCUGCCUGCUGGGUAUUCUUAGUCUCUAGCUCAGGCUGGGAGACCUCACUGCCUUGAAUGGAUAUUAUUGCUGAUGGUUAGACUCCUCUUUUUUCUUUCCUAAGUCUGUGUUUUUGCCAUAUAGCAAGAACUUUCAUGCAAUCCCAAGUGAUAAUCAUUGUAACCUAGGAUCUUCUGAGAAGAGCCAGCCUCCCAUCACUUCUGUUUCUAGAGCUAGUUUCCCUUACCAAGGGUGCUGGUAGUUGAAGAAAGGGUGGAAAUUAGGUACUGAAUUGGUCUUAGAACCCACCCUUUGGAAAGUCAAGUUUUAGUCCUCCCAUCUUAUUGUUAGAAGUGUUAUUUAGGAAGUUUGCUUUGGAACCAAAUACAGUAAAACCCAAUCAGGUUUCCAGUGUUUCUGAAUUUAUGUUUUUUACAUUGAGAACUUAAAGCUUUUGGUGUUCAUAGUCCCUUUUAGGAAAAGUAAUCAAUCACUGUUGCUGCUCACUGUGUGUGUUCUAUACCUGACCAAAGCUUGCAUUCCCCCAUGACAGCCUUUCUCACUCUGUUCACCCCUAGGCUCUGGAAUGCUGCAGAGUGUAGCUGCUGUAGUUGUGCCUUGGCGGCCACCAGAGCACCAGGUGCUAAGGCCUCAGGCUGAGAGGGAGAACAAAUGAGGCCCAGACCUCAGCAGCUGUCUGUACCUCCUUGUUUCUUAUUCUUGUGUUGUCUGUUAGUCUUCUAAAUUUUGAAUCAUUAGGUUUAUUUAUUACUUUAUUUAUGUUUUUAAAGCACAUUUCAUUUUGCCUUUGAAACGGUUUCCAUCUGUUUCGCAUAAGGCUUCCCAUCUGCUCUGAGCCACUAAGGCCACCUCUUUUCCGGAGUUAAAGAUGAUUUUAGGAGGACUUGGAAAAGAACGUGUUCAUUUCUACACGCCAGCCCUGGAAUGCUUUGGGAGGAGUCUCCCCUGUCAGAGAUGGAUAACUCUAACCUAGUCCGUGUUUAGGUAUAGUGCCCCAUUCCCAGUGAGGAUAAGAUGUGAUAGGUCUGCCCAUUUGCUGGGGAUCGAUUGUAAGGAACUGACUAGCCAGUCAGUGACUAGCCAAGCACCAUGGUUCUUGGAUUUCAAAGACCUUUGCCUCCUCUGCCACCUUGUUCAUGAUGCUUCCUUUGACUCAUUCCUUUUGGUUGCCACACACACACCUCUCUGCUCUGUAGGAGUGCUCACUCAAAAGGCACGGUCCUGCCAGUACGUCUGUGGUAGCAGCACUGCCAGCACCUCUGUCAUCCUGGAAGCAAAGCCCAGGUUGUAAGAACUGCAUUAGCCUUCCAGUCUCUAACCAGCACCGUACCUCCGUUAUCUCGUCAGUGCAGAUUUGUUUUGUAGGGGAUUAUACUGGCAAAGAUCUACAUACCUUAAGAGAAAUUAUUUUAGUAACUAUUUGGGCAGUAAACCACAAACGCUGAGUAUCAGCCCAUUAGACAGUGGCUACUGAGUAAUCACUCCUUCCCCAUUGGAGUUGAAUCAUGCCUUCACUAAAUAUUCUAAUCUUUGCAAAACAAAAACAAAAACUCUACUGAGCUAUUUUCAACUCAGUGGAAGCCUUAUUUUUCCUGUUUAUUACCAACUUCUAACUUCCUCUUAAAAUGUAGCUAUCAGGCCAUACAUAGCAAGUUUCCUGGGUAUAGCACAUUAUUUGGGCUUUAUUUUGUUGGUGUGAUGAGAUCUCUGCUUAUUUUCUUUGGAGUCCUAGUUUUGUUGUACCAGGGCCAUCUGAGGGACUGGUUCUCCUCACCUGUGUGUGCCUGUUGCUGUCUGGUCAUUCAGUUACAUUUCAUUCCUUGCUAGUUUUUCCUUAACAGGGUUUCUAUGUUCCAUUAACAUAAAAUAACUAAAAGAAGACAUUUUCACUGAUGCAUUCACUAUUCUCAUAUUAAAUUUCCGAAAUAAGAGAACUUGAGAGACAAAGUAUUAUUUACUGGCAAGUACAGACAAUUAGAGAGAACACAUACCCAGCAGAUUCUAAGAAGUGGUCACUUCCUUGGUCCCUCCUUGUGCAAGUUUAUAGAACCAAACAAUGAAAUAAAUCAUCUGCUGUCAUCCUUGCCCUAUUUUCUAGAUCACAAACAGUUGAAAGAAAGGAUUUCAUAAGAUGGCAGAGAUUGGGAUUCUCUACACAGCGUGGCUGAGUUCUUCAAUUUGUUUACUUUUGCUGCUUUGUUAAGAGAUGGGGCUUUUUAAGAAAAGAAAGACAUAUCUAAAGUGCUAUUUUUUUCCCAACAUCUUAGUAUGAAAAUUUUCAGCAAACAGAAAAAAGUAUACACAGACACAUAUCCCACAUAUAUUUUAAAAUUAUAAAUUGCCAAUUUUUUUUAUGUGUAUGAGUGUAUUGCCUGCCUGUAAGUAAGUGCACCUGUGUUGUGCA